AUGGACGCCUCAACAUGGCGACACCCUGUACAAGUCAUUCAGAUUUAUCUGCCCUUGAUUCAACAGUGGGUCAGUUAGAGUUAAUUGCCCUUGAUUCAGAAGUUGAUCAGUUGGAGUUACCUUCGCCUGCUGUCACGGUCACAAUACAUUCAGUAAUGUUUCAAGUUUGAACUUCCGGGAAAUGGAUGUGACGUCAUGGCUACUCUGGGUCGCUACACUGUCCACGCUGCCCAACAUGGCCGCCGGAUAUUACGCAACGAGCCUCGACCUUGACUUUCUGUGUUCCCCACCAGCCGGUUCCCUUUACGUGAGGGAUGUUCCCUGGGAUUGUUCCAGCUACGUCAUUUGUUCCAGCGGCAGGGCCAUCCCCACGGCGUGUCCCAGAGGUCUACUAUAUGCCAACGCCAGCAGAAACAGCAGGUGUGUCGCCGCACAGGUGGCGGACAGCAGCAGGUGUCACGGUCAGGUCUGGGAUUACAUCCGCGCCAUCUGCCACCACAACCCCACCGCCACCGUGCCCUACGCUGAGCGCUGCAGCCAGUACAUGGACUGUGGGGUGGAGCCCGGGGGUCACCAGUUCAUGGACUACCUCCUCGAGUGCCCCUACCCCUCCUUGUAUUCCACGCAGACCGGAAGUUGCCAGAAUUAUCAUUACGUGACAUGCGCAGAGAGGGAGGAGCCAAAAGCACCAUGCGAAUACCUGCAAUACCUGCAGCUGUACAACUGCUCCAGCCCCCACUGCUGGGAGUGUGGACGUCAUCACCCUAGCUGCGUCGGACUGCCCAACGGACGUCACCGGGUGACGUCACGAGAUGACGUCAUCAUGGAGUGCGACACGGAGCGGACGUUGAACAUCCUGACCGUACCAGCAGCCACGCUCGAGUCCAACGCUCCACUGCAAGCCGGGAUCUCUGUCAUUUAAUUUCAACAAAUUUAACAUUCUUUUAUUUAUGAACCUUUACAUUUCGUUACCAUGAAACUUUA